AUGAGGAUCAGCUUCUCCUGGCUCCUCCAGUGGCUGCUGGAGACUCUGAAAAUCAACAAAUUCGAUGCAGAUGAGAUCCGGAGAGAAAACACGACUCUGAGUUUAGAUCCAGGAAACUUCAUUCAGGCCAGACCGACUCCUCGUCUCCGGUUUUACCAUGAGGACACGACUCCUCCCACUCCAACAUACUGGGAGAUAGACGGACGAGAUGAUUGA